UGGCCUCUCCUCUCCUCGCUCGCUCACCCACUUCCUUUCCUUGUCGACGACGACGUCGUCGUCGCCCGACGUCUUUCCUUUCCCCGCAGCCGCGCGCAGCGCUCUCCAUACGAUACGGUAGCUUCUCCUCCCCCACCCUCCACCCCCACACCACAGCUCACAAGGGAGGGAGCAGCGCAACCGCAGCGCGAAAAGCCAAGGCCACCAGCAGAGGAGAGCCAGCAGACGAACGGGGAGACCAAACCAACUGUCCCUCACCUCACUCCAGAUCUCGCAUGCGCGGUGGCCGCCGCUCGCGCCCGACGGAGGAGGAGGAUUUAGGGGGCGCCCGGCGUCAUGGGGGGACCCCGGCUGGGGAGCUGGGUGGUGUCGUACACUGGGAUGUCGGCGGACAACAUCAAGGGCCUGCUGCUGGCGCUCUCCUCCAGCCUCUUCAUCGGCGCCAGCUUCAUUGUCAAGAAGAAGGGGCUCAAGAAGGCCGGCGCCUCCGGCGUAAGAGCAGGAGUUGGUGGCUACUCGUACUUGCUUGAGCCACUGUGGUGGGCUGGAAUGAUAACGAUGAUUGUUGGCGAAAUCGCUAACUUUGCAGCUUAUGCCUUUGCUCCUGCUAUUUUGGUCACUCCUCUUGGUGCACUGAGCAUAAUUAUUAGUGCUGUUCUUGCACAUAUUAUGUUGCGGGAGAAGCUUCACAUAUUUGGUAUACUUGGGUGUAUUCUUUGUGUUGUGGGUUCGACUACUAUUGUGCUUCAUGCCCCUCCAGAGCGUCAAAUUGAGUCCGUGGCAGAAGUGUGGGAUCUUGCUACUGAACCAGCAUUUCUAUUUUAUGCAGCCAUUGUGCUUGCAGCAGCUUUCGUGCUCAUAUUCCAUUUUGUCCCACAGUAUGGUCAGACACAUAUCAUGGUGUAUAUUGGUGUUUGUUCUCUUGUAGGAUCUUUAUCGGUCAUGAGUGUCAAAGCUCUUGGAAUAGCUUUGAAGCUGACGUUUUCAGGGAUAAAUCAGCUACUCUAUCCACAAACAUGGGUGUUUUUAUUAGUUGUAGUCUCAUGCAUAGUGACACAGAUGAACUAUCUGAACAAGGCCCUUGACACGUUCAAUACCGCUGUUGUUUCACCCAUAUAUUAUACGAUGUUUACAUCCUUGACCAUUUUGGCUAGCAUGAUAAUGUUCAAGGAUUGGGAUCGUCAAAACCCUACGCAAAUUGUCACAGAGAUGUGUGGCUUUGUUACCAUCCUUUCUGGGACUUUUCUUCUUCACAAGACGAAGGAUAUGGUGGAUGGUCUCCCACCAAAUUUACCCAUCCGACUUCCUAAACAUGCGGGCGAGGAUGACUAUGCCGCUGAAGGAAUUCCUCUUAGGUCAGCUGCUGAUGGCAUUCCACUCAGGUCGCCAAGAGCCACAGAUCCAUUCCGCUCGUCGUGAUGCUUCAAGGCUUAUACUCGCAACUGUUGUUCCUAUACAUGGGAAGGGAAGAAUACGCCUCCAUUUAUUCAUUGGAUACACCCCAUAGGUUGACUGUAGGAUUCAAAGGUAACAGCUCGGCACCUCCUUGUAAUUUCUGAGGCAUUGGUACAGAAUUUUGAGGAUUAUAUAAGUUACACUUCUCUGGGUAAGAUAACCAGAAUGGCCAAGAAUCCAAGUUUUGGAUUAUAUGUAAAUCUCGGUGAGCCAUAUAGGUCACUAUCUCGAACUGUUGUAUUAUUUCAAAACAACUCAGAAUACAAGAUGCAUCGAACGAG